AUGAAAGUGUCUUCACACUGGAUGAAGUGGCCUGUAUGGACCAUGGUAGGGCUCGUACCUCUGAGCCUAUGCUUAAUAUAUACAAUGAUGAACAGUCCAUAUUCGAUCUCACUGGAUUUCACCAGAGAUCCACAUAUGUAUUCAUGGAACGAUGUCCUUACGAUCGAACCAUUGAACGAAUUGCAAAUAUACGUGGCACCAUGGUGUGCUUCUACUAAAUCUAUGUGGGUUAGGAUAUGGAAUGAAAUACAUAAAUGGUUAGAAGCCAUUUUCUUUAAAAUUGACUGUUGGUGUAAGAGAAAUCAUCAUUGCGCCAAGUUACAUCUAAAAUUGGGACCAAUUUCAAACUUGGUUCGUUGGUUACAAUUCUGUUUACAGGAUUUAACUGCAAAAUUAGUCGGCACAAAUGAAGAUAUUGAUUGGAUGACUACCAAUGGCACAUUUACUGUUAAAAAUAGCGAGAUCGUCAUGGAAGAAGAUGAAGAUGAAGAAAAUAAAUUAAAAUGGUUAGAUCUCUCUGUGGAAGAUGAUCAACAUAGCCUGGAUGAGAUGGAAUUAGAACUUACACGUGAGGUUAAUGUUACUAGAGAGACUCGUGCUACUGCUACCCCGCCAUCUAAGAUAGUAAGUCAAUUAUUGUUAUUUGAUGAUAUGACACCAUCAAAUCAAACAGAUCUUGUUCAAAGAGAAUUUAAAGCUUGGUCAAGAGCCAUCACUACGAAAUUGCAUACUAUUAUUACAAAUCUACACAAAGAUAACGAAUUUUUAAUUAAUGAAACUUCUUAUAAUUAUAAUGUUUCAUAUACAAUGGAUUAUCAAAAUUUGUUUCAAGAUUUCGAUUCUCAAUUAGUUCAAUUACAUCAAAGUGUUGAUGAUAUUGAUACUUCUGCAACAUUGGAUCCUAUCACAAAUGAAAUUGUAUACUUAAACUCUGAAAACACAUACAUUACGAGACCUUAUAUUGCAUCAAGAUUCGAUAAUUUAAAUCAAUUACUAAAACAACAUCGUUUAGAGACUUUGGCCAAUUUACGUAAAUUACGUAAAUUGACAAUCAGAGAACUAGAGAAACAAAGAGAUGAGCAUGUUGAAGUAUACGAAGAAUGGGGAGAUGUCAUGGUCACCGAAUGGUCCAAACGAAUGGCUUAUGGAGAUAUACACGGUGGUAACGAUGAUCGUUUUGAAUUAGACAAAUGGGGCCAUUUCAAGAAACUCCGGGAGAGUAUCAUCGCAAUGAGAGACAACCUAGCACAGGAACCUGUAUUUCAAGACACUUUGGUCCAAUACAUGAAGGUGACAGUGACUCAAUUGAACGACAGAAUCAACUCGUACCACACAAAGAUAGCUCAACUAUUACAAUUAGCAAACAACAACUUCGAGCAACGGGACCUCAAGGAACGCAACGUAGCUUCAGAUCUAGCAGAAACCAUAACGAAGGAACUAAUUUAA